CGAAGCUCUGGCCGGAAGUGACAGAGCCUCACGGCCGGCUGGUCCUCGGUGACGAGAGAGACGCGCGCCGGAAGUGUCCGGAACGUGGUGGCCGGGCCGGGGCCGAGCCGGGCGAGGAACGGGAUGGGGAAACAAAAGAAAGCGAGGAAAUACGCCACUGUGAAACGCAUGAUCAGCCUCCGAGACCAGCGCAUCAAAGAGAGCGCACGAGCAAAAUCUAAUGUGAAAAAGAAGGAUGAUCCCAGUGCAAUCAAGGAAAGAGAGGUCCCUCAGCACCCUUCCUGUUUGUUCUUCCAGUAUAACACACAGUUGGGUCCUCCCUAUUACAUUCUGGUUGAUACAAACUUCAUCAACUUCUCCAUUAAAGCCAAGCUGGACUUGGUACAGUCAAUGAUGGACUGUCUCUAUGCCAAGUGUAUCCCUUGUAUCACAGAUUGCGUGAUGGCUGAAAUUGAGAAGCUAGGGCAGAAAUAUCGUGUGGCACUAAGAAUAGCUAAGGACCCACGAUUUGAACGCCUGCCUUGCACACACAAAGGGACCUAUGCAGAUGACUGCUUAGUACAGAGGGUCACUCAGCACAAGUGUUACAUAGUGGCCACCGUGGACAGAGACCUUAAGCGGAGAAUCCGGAAGAUUCCAGGAGUCCCUAUCAUGUACAUUUCCAACCACAGGUAUAAUAUUGAGAGAAUGCCAGAUGAUUAUGGAGCCCCUCGAUUCUAAAUCCCUGCUACAGAUAUUCCCAAUAGAUCCUGCUACUAAGCCAUCAAGUGUCAGGAGACUCUAAAACCAGUUAGAAGGUUCAUCUGUUUCUAUACCCCUAUGCUUGUUCCCAGACCUUGAAGGUGACACUGGACUAAUUUCUUAGGCUUUGCAGCUUUGGUUUUCUAAUGAAAAGCUGUUUUGGAUCUGUCUGCUUUUAUUCACCAUUGCUCCACCUGCUGCAGGUAACCUAAACCCAUUGGUCACAUCAGCAUGUGCGGGCAGGAAUACCAGGACCCAGAGAGUGCAUCUGCCUAGCUUCCUUGCCCGUGGAGUAUUUGGAGAAAAUGUCAAAGAAGGAUUCAACAAUAGAACAUAAUGGAAAUACUGAUCUGCAACUCUAGUUUCUAGGAAUCUGUAUGAAAAACAAUGGCCUCUGCAGCAGCACAUGCAUUUCUCUGACAUGGCUGAAUUCUCCCCACACUUAUAAUUUCUUCAUCUGAAUGGUGGGGAAUCAGCUAAAUUAUGAGGCCAUAGCAGUGAAUUUACCUUAUAUGGACACAGAAACUCUGAAAAAUAUGGAGGGGAGGGCUGUUUUCUAAAUCCUUGACUCAAUAGGUUCUCUGUAUUCUGGAUCUGAACAAAACUGACAAAGUUCUCCUCUCUCCUCCCCAUGAGAACAUGAGGCCAAGUUCAAAUGAGGAAAGUGCUUUGUGUAAAUUCACUUACCAUCAACUUUCUGGGGUGUUUGCUGAAGGAAAACCUGGCAGCAUGUCUGUUGAUGAGAGCACCGUAAGCAAACUGCAGCAUCUCUACUAAACAGGCAAUAAUAAAGGAGUUCAGUCUCUAUUUGGAA